UUGUUUCAGCGAAAAAUCACACGUCAACGCCGAAGCGAUAUGGGGAGGACGUGAAGUGGUUUUUCUUCUCUGCUAGGUAGUAGAAGAUCGGCAGCAUUUUAUUUCCCAUCCAAUCAUCCAGAAAAUUCUCGCUUGGGAAAGUUGCAAUUUCCACAGCCAUGCUGCAUCAGUUCUAGUUUCGUUUUUCGGAGGGCUACUUGGAUUGUGGCAUAGUGGAAUCAGUUCUCUCGGUGUUUCCAUAUCAGUUACAGCGCGUCCGAGGAUUGGCGUUUGUGGACAUUCCGGAUAGUUUGGACGGUUUACUUGGUUUUGCUCGUCCCGGAAGUAGCAACACAAGCGAAAUGACCGAAGGGAAGGCCAGCAGAAGAAAUGGCUCGUUGGACGAGCUGGUGCAAUAUGUUACGCUGCACAAUCCCAUUCCCGUGUUGCUGAGUGGAAGUGUACUGCCGAUGAUAGUGUUAAUCGUCCUGUGGGUCUAUCUGUGGAUUUUCGUGUAUGGAUUUGAGGAGUACUUUGAGGCGGCAAUGCUGGUUAUUGUGGGGAUUGCAUUCGUUCAGAUAUUCGUUUGUCUGUGCUGCUUCUGGAGUGUGCAUGUUCAGACGUUUCUUAACUGCAGGAAGGCCAAAGAUCCCGAACACGCCUCCCUAGCAAAAGUAGUCCCUACUGAGAACAAUGGUUCCUCCAAACUGGUGAAGGUCUGUCGCACGGUGCUCGACGAAAAAAGCGACAAAUCGGAGCCCAUCUAUUGGUUCCUCUUCCAGAAAACAAAGUACGUUUGGGAUCCGGAAAAGAAACAGUUCCGCAGUGUGGAAUUCCCUAUCCAUCGGACCUACGUGGAGUAUUUCGAUUCGAAGGGCCAUCAGGAGGAUGCCGAUGUGCAAUUGUCGGAGAAAACCUACGGCAACAAUAACAUGGAGAUGGUCGUUCCGGAGUUCCUUGAACUGUUCAUCGAAAGGGCGACGGCGCCAUUCUUUGUGUUUCAAAUUUUCUCCGUUCUGCUGUGGUGUUUGGAUGAAUAUAUGUACUAUUCGCUGUUUACACUGGGGAUGCUUAUCUCGUUCGAAUGCAUUCUGGUGCAGCAGCAGCUCAGGAACAUGUCCGAGAUCCGAAAAAUGGGAAACAAGCCGUACAUGAUCAAUGUGUUCCGCAACAGGAAGUGGAGACCGAUCAAAUCGAAUUUGCUCGUGCCCGGUGAUCUGGUUUCGAUUACACGUUCCCAGGAGGAGAAUAUUGUGCCGUGCGAUUUGCUGCUCAUCCGGGGAACUUGCAUCGUUGAUGAGAGCAUGUUGACAGGUGAAUCCGUUCCCCAGAUGAAGGAAUCUCUCGAGAAUACAGACGAUCACAAGAAAGAGUUGGACAUCGAAGCGGACGGCAAACUGUAUGUGCUUUUUGGUGGAACCAAAGUGGUUCAACAUUCCUCGCCAAGCAAGGGAGCAAUGCGAUCCCCGGACAGUGGGUGUAUCGGUUACGUCCUCCGCACCGGAUUUAACACAUCCCAGGGGAAGCUGCUGCGAACGAUUUUGUUCGGGGUGAAAAGGGUCACCGAGAAUAAUCUGGAAACGUUUGCAUUUAUUCUGUUCCUGAUGGUGUUUGCGAUUGCGGCUGCGGUUUACGUGUGGAUUAAGGGCUCGGAAGAUCCAGAGCGAAACCGAUACAAAUUGUUCCUGGAGUGUACGCUUAUUUUAACCUCAAUCAUUCCACCGGAUCUACCGAUCGAGCUCUCGCUGGCCGUGAACACCUCUCUGCUGCAGCUGUCGAAACUGUUUGUGUUUUGUACGGAACCUUUUAGGAUACCCUUCGCUGGGAAGGUGCAAAUUUGCUGUUUUGAUAAGACUGGAACCCUAACUAGUGAUAAUUUGGUUGUGGAAGGAGUAGCAGGGUUGAGGAAAGAUACAAGUAUUACCGCUAUCGGCGAGAUUCCGGAGUCCACAGCUCAUGUUCUAGGAUCGUGUCAUUCACUGGUUCAACUGGAUGAUGGAUUGGUGGGUGAUCCGCUCGAGAAGGCAACAUUAACGGCGAUCGAUUGGAACUUGACGAAGGGUGAUUCGGUGGUACCGAAGCGAGGAAAGUUCAAGCCAUUGCGAAUUUAUCAGCGUUUUCAUUUUUCGUCCUCAUUAAAACGGAUGUCUGUCCUUGCUGGUCACCUGGUUCCAUUUAGCAACGAGACCUGCUAUAUCGGAACCGUGAAAGGAGCCCCCGAGGUGAUAAUGAAAAUGCUGAAAACAAUCCCCGAGAAUUAUGAGGAAACAUAUUUGGAAUACUCUCGUCGUGGAGCUCGUGUACUUGCUCUUGGCUAUAAAUCUUUCGGAACGAUGGAUAAUGCCGCAGUUCGUGAGUUGAAGCGCGUGGACGUAGAGAAAGAUCUAGAUUUUGCCGGUUUUAUCAUUAUCUCCUGUCCUCUGAAGCCGGAUUCUAAGUAUGCUAUUAAGGAAAUCAUACAAGCUUCGCACAAGGUAAUGAUGAUUACCGGAGACAAUCCGUUGACAGCGUGUCACGUGGCCAAGGAACUUCGCUUUACGAAACGCACGAUUGUUGUUUUGACACACGACGAGUUGAAUGAUUCCUGGCGUUGGGACUCAAUCAACGGCGAGAUAAGGAUUCCGUUCAGCGAAAAAAUGCCCGUUAAAGAUAUCUACAAACAGCACGAUUUUUGCAUAACAGGCGAGGGUCUUCAGUACUUGGAUGGCGGGCAUCACGCUUACCUGUUACAGCUGGUGCCAUACGUUACCGUGUUCGCUAGAUUCGCUCCGAAGCAAAAAGAGUUCAUUAUUACAACUCUGAAGCAGCUUGGAUUCUACACGUUGAUGUGUGGAGACGGAACCAAUGAUGUCGGUGCGCUGAAGCACGCGAAUGUUGGAGUUUCGUUACUGAGUCACCAACCAACCAGAGCGGAGAAGCGACAGCUACGAACCGUGGCUGCCGAUGGAGAAGGGGAGAAAAAACGAGACAAGACGGAAGAACGAAAGGCGUUGACUCCCAGGGAGAGGGCGAUUUUGAAGCAUCGUGAAAACCUGAACUCCAACCAAGAGCGGUUGCAGAAGGUACUGAAGGAAAUAGACGAAGACCAAGUGCAGAUUGUGAAACUUGGAGAUGCGAGUAUUGCGGCGCCCUUCACCAGUCGGUCAUCUUCGAUCAAUUGUGUGUGCCACAUCAUCAAGCAGGGUCGCUGUACGCUCGUAACUACGCUGCAAAUGUUCAAAAUCCUGGCCCUGAACGCACUAAUCUCCGCUUACUGCCAAUCGGUGCUGUACAUCGACGGGGUAAAAAACAGUGACACACAGCUAACGCUGCAUGGUCUCCUCACGGCGGUAUGUUUCCUGUUCAUCACACGAUCCAAGCCACUGAAGGUGCUCUCCAAGCAGGCACCACUACCAAACAUUUUCAAUUUAUACUCGGUGACGACGAUUUUGGCUCAGUUUGCGGUGCACUUCUCCGCACUAAUAUACCUGGUGAACGAGGCAAAGUUACGGUCGCCUCCGAGUGAAGGUAAAAUCAAGCUCAAUUUGGAUAUGGAACCGGACGAAAAGGAAGAAUUCGUUCCAAACAUUGUCAACAGCACGGUGUAUAUAAUCAGUGUGGCGAUGCAGAUCGCCACCGUUGCGGUGAACUACAAGGGACAUCCGUUCAUGGAAAGUAUGCGUGAAAACAAGCUGCUAUCGUAUGCCAUCUUAACGUCCAGUACGAUCGUGCUCUGUUUGGCACUUGGAAUUGUGCCCGAUUUGCUCACAACCUUUGAGGUGAUAGACUUCGAAUCUGAUUUCCGCAAAAUUCUCGUCGGCGUAUUAAUAGCGGACAUGGUCCUCGCCUAUCUGGUGGACCGCAUAUGUUCCUUCCUAUUCGGUGAAAUGAGGAAGAAAACGGAUAUCGUUACCUAGACAGUGUUAUACACUGCGUACAAUUAAAGAAAAUGCAGGAUUUGAAGGGAUUGCACGAGUGCAAAGUUGUUUUAUUGUUUAGGCAAUAGUAUAAUUAUAAACAGCAAGGAGCUCGCGGACGAGGUGAGAGGAAAGAUCGUGACCGUGUGAUAGCGUAAUUUUAAAUUCGACUUAUUGUCCUUUCGAGAAGCAAUGGCUUUUUUACCGAAACGGGCGUAGAAAAAUGUUUCCUUGUCACAGUGCGUGUUAGUGAGAACGCCGUUGGUGUUUCAAAUAGCGACAAACGAAGGCAGCAAAUGUACGGAUAGUAGUAGAAUCUUCGCAAACUGGAAUAUUACGAGUUUCAAGUUUGUUCUGUAGUCUAGGAUAGGAAACGAUUAUGUCGAUAAUCAGAUGAGCUAUAGUUAGUAAGAUAUUGAUUGAGGUAAAAACGAACAGACUAAAAGAAGUAUGUCUGUGGGCUCGUUUAUUUGGCUUAUACACUUUAUAUAACUGUCCUACGGUAUUUUAGUUUAGGUAAUGUUGUAAGGCUCGUCGUAUGGAAGGAAUUCUUUGAAAUAUAGAAUAUAUUCGAAACUGGAAA